AUGGCAGGUGGUCCAACGCUUGUGCUUGAUCCGUCUGAAAAGCUUCCUUUUGUGUCGCCGCUGGUGCUCACGAACCUUGCAGAGCAGCAUGGUGAGCCUGCAGCGACAGUGCAGUACGAGGCAGGCAAGACGCCCUGUGUAGUUCUUCCGAACACUGCGAAGGUCGAAGGCGCGCAGCCCGUUUUUACGGCGCUCGUGCAGCUGUACAAGCCGAUCGGUCUUGCAGGAAAAGAUGAUGCUGCGUGUAAAGAUGUAGAUACGUUUGUGAAUCAAGCUGUGGCGGUCGCUUCUUAUGCGUUCCAAGAGGCGUCGAGCCAGGCGGAUGACCUCGACCAGCACCUCGCGCUGCGCACCUAUUUCGUUGGUCACCGCAUCACUGCGGCAGACAUUGCGAUUUGGGGCGCGAUUCGCUCGUCGUCUGUGCUGCUUGGUAUUGUUAAAAAGAAGGCCCACACGCAUCUCGAGCGUUGGUACAUGCACAUUGACGCGCUUGGUGCGUGCAGCAAUGCAGUGCAUGCCAUGACCGAGGCCAAGAGCAACAUGUUCAAAACGAAAAAGACGGCCGCUGGCUUUGAUCUGUUCCUUAAAGGCGCAAAAGAAGGCGAGGUUGUGACGCGAUUUCCCCCAGAGCCCAGCGGUUAUCUGCAUGUCGGCCACGCCAAAGCCGCGAUUCUCAACCAGUAUUUUGCCCAAGAGUACAAAGGGCGUUUGAUUGUGCGAUUCGACGACACGAACCCAAGCAAGGAGAAGCAAGAGUAUGAGGACUCGAUCCUUGAGGACCUUGCUUUGCUUGGCAUCACGUCCGACACUGUGACGCAUACCUCCGACUACUUUGACCUGCUCCACGAACUUGCCGUGCGCCUGAUCAAAGAAAACAAUGCGUAUGCGGACGAUACACAGCAGGAAGAGAUGCGUGCUCAGCGCAUGGACGGCAUUGCAAGCGCGCGCCGCGAUGCGUCUGUCGACGAGAAUUUGCAACGUUUUGACGAAAUGUGCCGCGGGACGCCAGGGGGCAAACGCUUCUGUUUGCGUGCAAAGAUGAGCGUGGACAGUUUGAACAAGGCGAUGCGCGACCCCGUGAUCUACCGAUGCAACACGGACACGCCGCAUGCACGUACCGGAACCAAGUACAAGGCGUACCCCACCUACGACUUUGCAUGUCCUGUCGUGGACAGCUUGGAAGGCAUCACACAUGCGUUGCGCACGAAUGAAUACCAUGACCGGAAUCCCCAGUACGCAUGGUUCCUUGAGCGCCUUGGCCUGCGCCAUGUCGAUAUCUGGGACUAUGGUCGUAUGAACUUUGUCUACACACUGCUUAGCAAGCGUAAGCUGCAGUGGUUCGUCGACAAUGGGAUCGUCACCGGCUGGGACGACCCGCGUUUUCCCACUGUACGUGGUAUCCGUAGGCGUGGAAUGACCAUCGACACGAUCCGCCAAUUCAUCCUGUCGCAGGGCCCGUCACAGGCGAUCAUUAACAUGGAGUGGGACAAUAUUUGGUCGCUCAACAAGCGUAUCCUGGAUCCAGUCGUGCCGCGUUUUGUCGCUCUCGACGAAGCGCAUCUUGUGCCUGCUACCAUUGCCGGCGCGCCGUCCACGUUUGAAAAAGAGAUGCCGAGGCACAAGAAAAAUCCAGAGCUCGGCAACAAGGUCACUGUGUUCAGCGACAAGAUAUUUUUGGAGCAGUCAGAUGCCGUCGCAUUUGAAGAAGGCGAGGAAGUGACUUUGAUGGAUUGGGGCAAUGCAGUUCUGCGCAAAAAGCAUCUCGACGCUGCGGGCGUCGUCAUCGGCAUCGACCUCGAGGCCAACUUCGAAGGCGAUUUCAAAGCGACCAAGAAGAAGGUCACAUGGUUAGCACAAUCUGACGACAAGCACCAUUUGACGCCUGUGCUGCUGCGCGACUAUGACUACUUGGUCACGAAGAAGAAGCUUGAGGAAGACGAUAAGUUUACCGACUUCCUCACCCCAGAGACGUGUUUCACUACUGAAGCACUCGCCGAUGCAAACGUUGCUGCGCUCGAAAAAGGCGACGCGAUUCAGUUUGAGCGCAAAGGUUACUUUAUCCUCGACAACGUUCAGGGCGAAAACGGGCGCAGGGAGUUUAUCCGCAUUCCUGACGGCCGCGCAGCGUCAAGUGCGAGCAAGGCCGCGCCAGACGAGAACCCCGCAGAAAAGAAGGCUGCAGCGGCCGCUGCGCGUGCGAAAAAGGCUGCCGAGAAGGCCGAGAAGGCAAAAAAGAAGGAAGAGGCCAAGCUGAAAAAAAAGGGCGGCGCGCAGAGCGAGACGGAACGGCUGAUUGCAGAGGGGGCCAAGAACGUGAACAUGUACUCCACACCCAAAAUCACACAGGACGCCGAGAUUCCCGCGAAAACCAACAUGUACCAAGUGGCUCCGAUCCUGUAG